CUGAGAGAUUCGAAAGGAGCCCCGCCCCCUCGGAGCUGAUUCCCGGGACUAGGUUGUGGAAGGAAAGCACCUUCCACCGGAGCUCAGGUGUCUGAGCUGACUCUUUCCUGCUUUCUGGAACAUGGAAGAUUUAGAAGAAGAUGUAAAGUUUAUAGCGGAUGAGACCUUGGACUUUAGGGGGCUGUCACCAUCGGACAGUCGAGAGGAAGAAGAUGCAGCGGUGUUGGUGACUCCGGAGAAACCCCUCCGACGAGGCCUCUCCCAUCGAAGUGACCCAAAUGCAGCGGCCCCCACUCCCCAGGGUCUGAGGCUCAGCUUAGGCCCCCUCAGUCCGGAGAAGCUGGAAGAAAUCCUCCAUGAAGCCAACCGGCUGGCAGCUCAGCUGGAGCAGUGUGCCCUGCAGGAGCGGGAGAACACAGGCGAGGGCUCAGGGCCUCGAAGGGUGAAGCCCAGCCCUCGGCGGGAGACCUUUGUGCUCAAGGACAGUCCUGUCCGAGACCUGCUGCCCACCGUGAGCUCUUUGGCUCGGAGCACCCCCUCUCCAAGCAGCCUGACACCCCGACUCCGGAGCAGCGAUAGGAAGGGGUCCGUCAGGGUUCUUCGAACAACAUCUGGAAAGAAGCCCUCCAGUGUGAAGAGGGAGUCGCCCACAUGCAAUCUGUUCCCUGCCUCCAAAAGCCCAGCGUCUUCCCCUCUUGCCCGAUCAGCUCCUCCGGUCCGGGGAAAAGCUGGGCCCAGUGGGAGAGCGACAGCAAGCCCACCUACCCCUGUCAGACCAGUCUUGGCCCCACAGCCUUCUGCUGGCAGCUCUCAGCGCCCGUCUCGGCCCCAGGGAGCAGCUGCUAAACCUUCCAGUCGACUGCCUGUUCCCUCGGCCGUUCCCAGGCCUGGCAACAGGAUGCCACUCGCCAGCCGGAGUGUCCCAUCCAGCAAAGGUGCCCCUCCUUCAGAUUCCCUGUCAGCUCGGAAAGGACUUCCAAGACCAAGUGCGGCAGGGCACAGAGUUCCUGUUCCUCAACGACCAAAUCUUCCCAUUUCUGGUGCUGGUCGCAGCAAUCUGCAGCCUCCUAGGAAAGUUGCUGUCCCAGGAUCUACCAGGUAAAGAGAUCAGGACAGCAAGCAAGAAUUCAGUAGCAAACCACUACAGCCACUGCCUGGACUCACCUCUGUUCGGUUUCCCAAGCCUUCUCCUUGGAGGCAGGCCUGAUUCUAGCAGAUCUGGCCCAGGGAUAGAAGAAAGA